UUUCUUUGCACCUGUCCACUGCAGGCUCCCAAGGAAUCCAAUUCUCUCCUCUCUUUCCUCCUCCUACCAAUGCCCUCCCUCCCUCUCUCUCUCUCUCUCUCUCUCUCUCUCUCUCCCCCCCCCGCCUUCCCUCCCUCCUCCCUUCCUCUUCUUCUAUAUACCUGCCAAGUUGGGCUCCUUUCAGCGGCGAUCUAUCACUGCAAAGCUCACAUCAAAGGCGGUUGCACGGCUGCAGCUGAGCAGCAUCACCGCUGUCCCACAGACAACCCCAAAGAGGGGCCUCGACUGCACCUCCUCGAAGUUGCUGGCUGGCUUUGGCCAAGUGCAGGAAUGGUUUUUGCGAGGGCAUGGAUGGAGAAGUGCCAAGGGCCCCUUUUGGUCACUUCCGAAGAGCAAAAACGUGUUGAGAGGAGACCGGUUUAAGAUUUCAAACAGAACCUCCCCAGCGCGCAUGAAAGGACUUGAUUAGCAUAUGUCAAGAGGACCCGCUUAUAUACUCGGUGUGUAUGUACACAGGACUCUGAUCUGAUCAGUUUGCGGAGUUGGAGCCCCAGCCCCCAGCCCUAGUCCUAGUAUUGGCAGCGGCAGCUAUAGAUAUUUCUGCAGAGCCAGCAGCCGGCUCCCACCUACCCAAGGAGAGAAGAUCGCUCCAAGACAGUGAGAGAGCUUCCCUGCCAUUUCAGUGCAAAGUCCCCUCCGGAGCGACCUCAGAGGAGUAACCAGGCCUUAACUUUUUGCGCUCGUUUUGCUAUAAUUUUUCUCUAUCCACCUCCAUCUCACCCCCGCAACACUCCUUACUGGGGGGUCUUUUGUGUUCCGGAUCUCCCCCUCCAUGGCUCCCUUAGCCGAAGUUGGGGGCUUUCUGGGCGGCCUGGAGGGCUUGGGCCAGCAGGUGGGCUCGCAUUUCCUGUUGCCUCCUGCCGGGGAGCGGCCGCCCCUGCUGGGCGAGCGCAGGGGCGCGGCGGAGCGGAGCGCCCGCGGCGGGCCGGGGGCUGCAGAGCUGGCGCACCUGCACGGCAUCCUGCGCCGCCGGCAGCUCUAUUGCCGCACCGGCUUCCACCUGCAGAUCCUGCCCGACGGCAGCGUGCAGGGCACCCGGCAGGACCACAGCCUCUUCGGUAUCUUGGAAUUCAUCAGUGUGGCAGUGGGACUGGUCAGUAUUAGAGGUGUGGAUAGUGGUCUCUAUCUUGGAAUGAAUGACAAAGGAGAACUCUAUGGAUCAGAGAAACUUACUUCCGAAUGCAUCUUUCGGGAGCAAUUUGAAGAGAACUGGUAUAAUACCUAUUCUUCUAAUAUAUAUAAACAUGGAGACACUGGCCGCAGGUAUUUUGUGGCACUUAACAAAGACGGGACUCCUAGAGAUGGCACCAGGUCCAAAAGACAUCAGAAGUUUACACAUUUCUUACCUAGACCAGUGGAUCCAGAAAGAGUUCCAGAAUUGUACAAGGACCUACUGAUGUACACUUGAAGUGUGAUCAUGACAUUAUGGAGGAGUCAAACCACAACCAUUCUUUCUUAUCACAGUUCCCAUCAUUAAAUAAUGACCAAGGAAGACGUUCAGAAUGUUAAAGUCUAUUUUCUACUGGGAGACUGGAUUUGGAAAGAAUAUUGAGAAAAAAACAAAAAAAAAGUCUUCACCAGAAAUAGAUCAUGAUCACUCUUUAUAUGUGGAUUAAGUUCCCUUAGAUACAUUGGAUUAGUCCUUACCAGUAGACUGAAGCCAAAAAUCUCUUAAAUUGUGGAUAACGGGAACCCUCACAUGGUUGCUGCUGGUGCCUCACCUCUCUGGAUUAUGUUUACUUUAAAAUUUAUGUUAAAACUAGAGGCUUCAUGUUGAAGAAAUGGAUUGGCUUAACCAAGAUCAUUGCUACAUGAACUCUGAGGACCUUGUAUAAUUCACAGGUUAUAGCAUUAUAUGUUUUAAAAAAAAACCAAAAAUCUAAACAACACCUGGGUGAAACAUGAGCUAUGAAGCAUGCCACACCAAGACAGAACAUUUUUUAAAACAAUGGACCUAUUUAUACAUUUUCAAUUUGAAAAUAUUUAUUAUAUAUAUUUAUUUAUUAAAGAGUUUAUUUUUUACUGGGAUAUGAAGAUAAUACCAAGAGUAAAAAACAACAAAAUUCCUUUAUUGUGCCAUUACUUUAUUGUGGUGUCUUGGUCUGUAAAGAAGACAUUAUUAUACCACAUUAACCAUAGAAUCAGAUUUUGAAUUUCUUUUAAAAAAUAUGUGUAGAUUAUAAUUUUUAUGCAGUCAAUUGCCUUCUAAAUGUAACAUUGGUUCCUUUUGACCUAGAAAAGUGCUUUAUUGAUUUGUCUUAAAUUCAACACACAUUCAAAAGGGAAUUAAACAUUGUAAUGUAACGU